AUGACAGUGGGAUGUAAAGAAAAUCUACCCCAGGGGGGUACCAAAACCACCCGUUUUGGAGAAUCCCCUUCCGCGCGUUUACGCCUGAACUCUCGCUUGGAGUCUGGGAGUAAGCGCGCGGGCUGCCCCGCGUAUUCUGGGGGGGGCACCAUCCCGCUCUGUGCUACUGGUCGGGGCAAACGUAGCAAGCGCCACAUAACAUCCCCUGCCACACUUUCUGUGGACUUCUGCAAUGUCAGGGGACUCCGUUCCAACCUUGAAGCCGUCCACUAUCACCUUGAGACGACCAAGCCGGCCUUGCUCUUUCUUACAGAGACACAGAUAUCUUCUCCGGCGGACACUUCUUUCCUACACUACCCCGGAUACAAGCUCGAACACCGUUUUUUACCACGGGCUGGGGUGUGCGUGUACGUCCGUGAAGAUAUCUGCUCUCGUCGCCUCGACCAUCUUGAAGGCCGGGACCUAUCCGUUUUAUGGCUGCGCGUAGAUAGCGAUGAUCAUCCGCGAGUUUACGCGUGCCUUUAUAGGUCCCAUGGCGGAAACACCGAUACAGACCAACUCAUGGAGCUAGUCCAAAUGGGCACAGACUCCGUGUUUGAGCAGAUCCCUUCUGCAGAAGUCGUGGUACUUGGUGAUUUUAAUGCCCAUCAUGCCGAAUGGCUCGGCUCACGUACCACGGAUCACGCGGGGAGGUCUGUUCAUGACUUUGCCUUAGCAUAUGAUCUAACACAGCUGGUUACCUCGCCUACGCGAAUCCCAGAUGUUGUUGAUCACUUACCUUCCCUGUUGGACCUUCUGCUGACCACGCAUCCGGACAGCUAUUUGGUUUCCGUUGACGCCCCUUUAGGGUCGUCCGACCACUGCCUGAUCCGGACAACAGUGCCAAUCUCCAGACGUUUUCGGUCACAACCGAUUGGUCUUCGUCGAGUUUGGCACUACAGGUCAGCAGAUUGGGAUAGGAUGCGGUCCUUCUAUGCAUCCUACCCAUGGGGGCAGGUUUGCUUCAAUCUGGACAAUCCCGACGCCGAUGCGGACAAUCCCGACGCCGUUGCUGACUCUAUCGCCGAUGUGGUACUCCAGGGGAUGGAACUUUUUAUCCCAUCAACUAUGGUGCCCAGCGGUGGUAGAUCUCGGCCUUGGUUCGGUCGUUCUUGCAAGUUAGCCUUACGCUACAAGCGAGAAUGUUACCGUGCCUGGGCCGAAGCGUCGGUAGCGGGGGACCAUAACUCCAGCGCGCUUAAAAUGAAGUACAACUCUGCCUCCAGGUCCUUCAAAAGAGUAAUUGCAAAGGCAAAGUCCGAACACGUGGCCAGCAUUGGCGAGAAGCUAGUGCGCCUUCCUUCCGGAACUCGCGCGUUCUGGUCUCUCGCCAAGGCUGUCCAAGGAAAUUUCUGUCGCCCAUCACUACCAUCUUUGCGCAGGGAGGACGACUCGUUGGCCCAUACUGCUAAAGAGAAAGCCGAUCUUCUGGUAUCCCUCUUUGCAUCUAACUCGACACUGGAUGACACAGGUUAUUCACCGCCGAAAAUCCCUGGCGGUGAGACCUCUAUGUCGGAGAUCCAGUUCAUCCAGAGAUCAGUGCGUAAGGCGCUACUAUCUCUGGAUGUCAACAAGUCGAGUGGGCCUGACGGUAUUCCUCCUCUUGUGCUAAGGACAUGUGCUCCUGAGUUGGCACCGGUCUUGACGCGUCUUUUCCGGUACUCCUAUUCCACAGGCGUUGUCCCGAAAUCCUGGAAGACGGCCCUAAUUCACCCGAUCCCUAAAAAAGGCAACAGCUCGGAACCGACGAACUAUCGGCCUAUUGCCAUAACCCCUUUGUUCUCCAAGAUAAUGGAGUCCACCAUUAAUUGCCAGCUUAUGAGGUACCUGGAAGAGCACCAGCUGAUUAGCGAUCGCCAGUACGGAUUUCGUCAACGUCGCUCAGCUGGUGACCUUUUAGUGUACCUCACUCACAGAUGGGCGGAGGCAAUAGAGAACAAAGGGGAGGCCCUGGCGGUCAGUUUGGACGUAGCGAAGGCCUUCGAUCGGGUGUGGCAUAAAGGGCUUCUUUCGAAGCUCUCUUCCUACGGGCUUCCCGAGAAACUAUUGGCCUGGAUUGCCAGCUUUUUGGAGGGUCGUAGCAUCAGGGUCGUUGUUGACGGUGCAUGCUCAGACCCUAAACCAAUUAAUGCUGGUGUCCCUCAGGGCUGUGUACUGUCGCCCACUCUCUUUCUUCUGCAUAUCAAUGACUUGUUACAUCAAAGUAACGUCCAUUGUUAUGCAGAUGAUAGUACGGGCGACGCUUUGUACACGGCCCGAGCUAAUGUUUCUCGGGAUAGCGUGUUCGAGUACCGGAACAAACUUGUAUCUAAACUUGAGACCCUUUUGGGUAAUGUCUCAGACUGGGGGCGACAAAACCUUGUCGAAUUCAACCCCAAAAAGACACAAGUUUGCGCGUUUUCCGCUAAAAAAGAACCCUUUGUCGCUAACCUCAACUUUGAGAACACUCCCCUG